AUGUACUAUUACAAAAUAAUGCCAGAUGCAAAUUUGAAGAAGAAUCCAGAGUUGGGAACCCAGAUGUUUGUAAGGAUGUCUGUAGAGCUUCCAAUGCUUUAUGCUUAUUGUGUUUCACUUUCUCUUUCACCCAAGCUCCAUCACUUUAUAAGGAAAAUCUCAUUCAACAACAGUGUCAGAGAGAGUGUACAUUUUGAUAAAAAUGGAGAAUUAAUUGCAGAUUUCGAUGUUACAAACUGGGCCACUUUCCCCAAUGCAUCUUUUAUGAGAGUUAAAGUUGGAAGACUGGCUCCUCUGGCUCCUCUGGGCAAAGAGUUAACUAUUCAUGAUGACCAAAUAGUGUGGCAUAGAAGCUUUAACCAGGUACUGCCCAUUUCAAUGUGCAAUGACCAUUGUUAUCCUGGCAACAGCAGGAAAAAGAAAGAGGGCGAGAAAUUUUGCUGCUAUGACUGUGCUCCAUGUCCGGAAGGGUUAAUCUCUGGCGACAAGGACAUGGAUGCCUGUGUCAAAUGUCCAGAAAAUGAAUACCCAAACAAAGACCAGAAUCAAUGCAAUCCCAAGAUUUUAACUUUCCUAUCUUAUGAAGAACCUUUAGGAAUCAUCCUUACUAUAUUGGCUGUUUCAUUAACUUUUAUUACAAUUUUAGUGCUUGGGACUUUUUUGAAGCACAAGGACACUCCCAUAGUCAAAGCUAACAACCGGACACUCACCUACAUCCUCCUUAUCUCCCUCAGUCUUUGCUUUCUCUCCUCGUUUCUCUUCAUUGGAUAUCCUGGGAAGCCAACCUGUUUUCUCCGACAAACAGCUUUUGGCAUUGUUUUUUCUCUGUCCCUUUCCUCUGUAUUGGCAAAAACCAUCACCGUUGUUCUGGCAUUCAUGGCCACCAAACCAGGAUCCAGGAUAAGGAAAUGGAUGGGGAAAAGAUUGACAAAUUCUAUUAUACUUUCUGGCACAUUUAUUCAAGCUGGCAUUUGCAUCGUUUGGCUGAUUACUUCUCCUCCAUUCCCAGAUCUGGAUGUGCAUGCACUGAAAACGGAAAUAAUAGUGCAAUGUAAUGAGGGCUCAGUGUUAAUGUUCUAUUGCGUCUUGAGCUACAUGGGCUUUCUGGCCAUUGCCAGUUUCACUGUGGCUUUCUUCUCCAGGAAGUUACCUAACAAUUUCAAUGAAGCCAAAUUCAUCACUUUCAGCAUGUUAGUUUUUUGCAGUGUUUGGGUGACCUUUGUUCCAACCUACCUGAGCACGAAAGGGAAAUACAUGGUGGCUGUGGAGAUCUUCUCUAUCUUGUCUUCCAGUGCUGGAUUACUGGGUUGCAUUUUUUCUCCUAAAUGCUACAUCAUUAUUUUGAGGCCUAAGCUGAACAACAAGGAACAUUUAAUAAGGAGAGAAAAGUAA